UAAAUUGAUAAAAAUCUCACACCUUUGCCUUCAGUUUCUCGCGAUUGCCUCAAUUUUUGCUUUUGGUUGAUUGCCGCUUUCUCAUUUCAAAAUUCGAAGCUUUUCAAAUCUGAUUUUAUAGGGUUUCAAAUAAUCUCUCUCUCUCUCUCUGUGCAAGGGUUUUGGAAUGGAACCCUUAGCUUCAGUAGGCGAUAAACUGAAAGGGUUUGCGAAAUCGACCCAAGACUUUACCAGCGGCGUCUUUCACUGGCACGACAAAUCCAAGCGCCGCAAUCCGAUUGAAAUUUUGAAGCGCUUGCAGCGAGAAGCAUUUUCAGAUCUUAUGAAACUUAGGGAUAGACAAGACAAGGUGGAGAGAGUGCUUUCCUUCUACAAGCCUUCCAACGGAAGUCCAUUCCAAGAAACCAGCACACACAUAAGGGGAGAAGUUGACGUAUUGGGGGCUUUACUAAUGAUGGAUAAUGUUGAUCAACAGAAACAUGAUGCAAUUAGCAGUGCAGGAAUCCGUACUGGUAUUCAUUCUAAAUUCACUUUUGAGACUACCAUUCGGCAAAAAGAUACUCUUGUAGCAGAGUUUGUGGCCAGUGAAAAAGGCCAGAGUGAUGUUUUAGGCAGUCCACUUUCACUAGCAAAAGUCUUUUAUGCCGCAAAUAUUAGUGACUGGUUCUCUGCUAUUGCAAUUCCAAUGGGAGCUCACUGCAGGGAUGUUGGAGUUGCUACAAAUUCUUUUUAUCAGAGAGGAGGUCUUACUAACUACUCAUCGCAUGGACCAUCACUUUUGAAUGAACAUAGGGGCAGCGCCGUUGGCCUAAUGGUGAGAAAACCAAAUGUUGUUGCUUCUUUGGCUCAAUUUGUCUCAGUACUGGGGAUGCAACCUGGUUCUAUUGGAAUAACACGUAUUUUCGGCACUUUUGGGCAAAUUGUCUGCCAGCUUUCAAGAAGCACAAAACUCUCUCUUAUGGGCAUACACCAAGUGCCUAAAUUAUCAAGUCAACAGGUCAGUCUGGGAGCCCUAGCAGUGCCAGUUGGCCUUUUCAACCGCCGUAAAGGUCCUGAAGCAGUGAUGGAGGCAUCUUCUCCUCCCAUUGAGACACACACAGAGGAAAAUGUCAUGGCUGGAUCAAUUGCUGUAAUGCUGGAAUCAGAGCUUGAUGAGAGUACUAGAAUUGGCGGUUGGCUUGAGAUGCAAAAAUCAAAUCCCAAACAUCUACAAUGGGCUGUUACCAUGUCUGAUACACCCGAAGAUGAUUUUGGAUGGGGUUUGAGCUUGGCUGGGUCAAUCCAAGGUCCCAAGAGUUGGGACCAUUUUCAGGCUGAAACCUUUCUGAACUUCAACAUCGGUAAGAGAUGCCGCUUGCAGCCAGCUCUUGUAUAUGUGAUGGAUGGAACUGCCCAGUUUCCCGCCCUUAUGUUUCGGUCUAGUUGGUCCUUGUGAUCACUCCUGUCUUUCCCCUGUUAAAUGAUUGGGUUGUCCGUUAGUUGGCGGACAUCUAUCAUCAUCGGAGUAAGUACUCUUGUCCAUCUUUUUUGCUCAGUAAUAUUAUAAUAAUAUAUUAAUGAUGAUAUUGUUUUCAUCCUUAUA